GGGACCUUCACUCUCUGUGGCCGCGCGCGAGUAGGGGGUAUCCUUCGUCGUACGGAGACCAGAUCGCGGAAGUAGUGCGCUAGCGUGGUGCAUUAUCGCGUGUCGUCCAGUGUACCAGGAGAUUCGCGAUGUUCUAGGAGGACCCGUCGUUUCUAUACCCGUCGGUGCCGGUAGUAUCGCUGAUUAUGCGCGACAUGAGCACCACCGCCAUCGUAGUGUUUUACGAGCGUCAUGUAAAAUGGAAUUAAACAAUGUUGUUAAGACGUAAACAUGUUUUGGCUACACUGUGGACUCUUUGUUCUCGUGAUUGCCGUACCUGGAUUUAUUAGCAGCGCCGACAGCACGUCCAAGCGAGAAGCAGACUACACUUUAGAUGAUUCCUUCUGGAACGAAGAAACUUCCGUUGGUGAGGCCGAACGAUUACUACAAGAGUAUCGACAAAACCAAGAGCUAGUACAAAAUAUCGGGGCCCAUUACUAUCAGAUCAUCUAUCCAGUACAGUUACGGCAUCACGAGAAAAUGGGGAUAUCCACAAGAGAAGUGAGCGUAUCCAAGUUUCCUCAAAGAGGAUACGGAGAGGGUGGAUAUCAGAAUGUUAAAGGCAGAAUGAGAACGGGGAGACAUUUUCAUCGGACGUCCCUCUUGAUCAAGGCCUUUAAUCAUAAAUUUCGCCUAGAUUUAGAAUUAAAUACGCAACUUUUAGCUCCGAAUCUUGUGCAAAAAGACUUUUUAACCGUCGGUGCGGAACAAACUUCUAAACAGGAGAUAGAGCACUGUUACUAUCACGGUACCGUGAGGGAUUAUCCAGGAGCUAGCGCUGCUUUUCACACGUGUAACGGUGUCAGCGGUGUCAUUCAUUUAGGCAACGAGACAUUUGUCAUUCAUCCAUUUUACGGCGGCGAUUUGUCGCAGAAACAUCCUCACGUUAUAUUUGAAGCUCGAACAAAGGCUAACAAAGGCUGCGCUAACUCGGGAAAUCUUGAGUGGCGUGUAAAGAACCGCCGGCAGAAGCAUGUUCUGGGGCUAUCGGAGACCACUUCCGAUCGAUACAAGAGAGACGUCCGUGAAACAACCAAAUACAUCGAAACUGCCAUCAUUAUCGAUAAGGCUAUGUUCGAGAAGAGGAACGGUAGCACCAGAGCGGAGGUUGUUCACGAUGCCAUCCAAGUCGCUAAUAUCGCGGAUAUGUAUUUCCGCACGUUAAAUACUAGAGUCUCCGUCAUAUACAUCGAAACCUGGCAGGGCAUAAACCAGGCGGAAAUCGCGACGGGCAUGGAUAUCGAUCUCGCUUUGCUCAAUUUAAACGAUUACAUGAUGCGAACGAUGUUCCGUGUUCCUCGUGAUACCACUCAAUUACUCACGGGUGAAACGUUCGCCGGUGGAGAAUCAGGGGUUGCCAUACCUUCGACUAUCUGCAAACAAAAAUCCGUAGGAAUCAGCGUCGAUUUGAAUACAUACGAGCCUCAUCUUUUAGCCGGUACUAUGGCUCACAUGAUCGGCCACAAUAUAGGAAUGAGCCACGACGAUGGAAGGAGCGAAUGUAUCUGCCGCGAAUGGCACGGAUGCAUCAUGGCUCAAUCGAUCGUUGGAUUGGAGAACGUACAGCCGUACACGUUUUCCGAAUGUAGUAAAACAGAUUACAUAGAGGUGUUAAGAAGCGGAAACGGCUUUUGUCUUUUAAAUAAACCAAACGAGGUCGAAGUAAGGAGAUCUUGCGGAAACAGGGUAAUCGACGAGGGAGAGCAAUGUGAUUGCGGAUCGAUCGAGGAGUGUCACGAGUACGACCCCUGCUGCGAUCCGAUCACCUGCAGACUCACCUCCGAAGCGCAAUGCGCGACCGGCCCUUGCUGCAGCGAUUGUAAGCUGCUCGCGCGUGGCGUCGUGUGCCGGGAAUCGACCAACGAAUGCGAUCUUCCGGAAGUGUGCACAGGCGAGACCGGCCAAUGCCCGACGGACGUCUACAAGAAGAACGGAAAUCCUUGCUCCAACAACGAUGGAUAUUGUUAUAACGGUGUCUGCCCGGCGUUGAAUCUUCAAUGCGAGCAGAUAUGGGGAUACGGUGGCGUUGCCGCGGACCAACAGUGCUUCGAGCAAUUCAAUUCCAAGGGAUCGCUGAGCGGACACUGUGGCACUGACUCCUCCGGUCAUUACAUCAAAUGCGAGCUAGAGAACGUUCGUUGCGGAUCGUUACAGUGUCAACAAGGUAGAAAACUGCCAACGAUAACGGGAAUAGAUCAUUCUAGAACUAUAAUCUCGAUAAAAGGCGAGGAAUACGAAUGCAAAUCCACGACUGGAAAGGUGGAAGGAUCCGAAAUGCCAGGCAUGGGAUUGGUUCGCGAUGGAACAUCCUGCGGAGACAACUUGAUUUGCGUGAACCAAACGUGCAUGAGCCUUUAUCCGCUCAUAGGCAACGAACGGUGUCCUAGCAAUCACAACAAUCACGAGUGUUCGGGAAAUGGAGUGUGCACGAAUUUGAACAAUUGCUAUUGCAACCUUGGAUGGAGUGGACCAGAUUGCUCCAUAGAGCAGGAUAUCCCGACUCAUCCACCGAUAACGUCUAGCACCGAAGCGGCCGGUAAAAAUGGUACAGAUACUAAAUUAGUGAAAAAAGAGACCCCCUACGAGAACUACCACGGCUCUAACACUGUAUUUUUAGUUGGUGUGCUCAUGUCGGUGGUAGGGGGUGUUUUCAUAGUAUUUGCUCUGAUGGCUCUCUGCUACAGGUCAGUCGUAGUACAUAAAAACUACUCCCUCUGUCUCAGAAGGAAGAGCACCGUCCAGAAGUACGACCAGCCGUACGUGAAGAAACCACCGCAGAGGGGUUACAGCGGCGUAUCCGGGAACCAUCACCCGGGACACGCCGUACUGGACAACGUGAACAACAAGAUCCUCACUUUCAGCAGUAUGCCUAAUUGCAGGGAGCAUAAGUCGCAGGUGAAGAGGCCAGGUAUGAGCGAGGAAGAUGGAGAUACAGGAGCGGACGAGGUUGUCUCUUUCAUCGAUUUGCCGAACAACCUCACAAAGUUGCCCGAGAAAGGAAUUUUAAAGAAACACGGUGGUUAUGGUAUGGGAGGAGGGGCGGUAGCCAGCGUGGAACGCACUUUGGAUCAACUGAACGGUUACCACGAGCAUAUUAUCGAGGCGUUGAGGAUGGCCGCGAAUCAACGCGAGACAUCUGGAACAACAUCCGCUCCAAUGGACGACGAGGCCUUGACGGAACCUCUGACCGAAUUAUUAACGGAACCUCUGCCAGAAUGUUAUCCCACGGAUUCGUAUCGCAAAGACAUCAUAAAGCAUAUCGACAGCCAAGCGGAGGAGGAGUACGAGGAAUACGUGCCGUCUUGCGGUGUGAUUCGUAUACGAAAUCUGGAGGAUUUGAUCAAACAGCUGGAACGGCACUCGGCGCGUAACAGAAGUCCAAGCGGAUCCGAGGACAUGAGGAUGUCCGAGAGCGAGGCAGAUCGUCCCUACAGAAAAGAUUCGUCCGUUUGUAGCGAGUCUUCCCAAGGAAGCAGAAGAUGUAGCCGCGGCCGUGACGAUACCUACGGUAGAUAUUGUCAACCAUCGUCUCGAAGUCCUUACGGGACCCAUCAGCACACUCAACACUCCCAUCAAAUGUACAAGGAGGAGGGUAUCUAUGCAACUGCCGACCCUGACAGAGGCUCAAAUACUAGGGGUGAAACGCCCGAUAGUGAAAGUGAUGCAUUUAUUCAAGCUCAACAACUAGCCCGACGGACUAGUGAGGACGGAGUGCAACACCGGCCACCACAGCAGCCGCCGCCGCCGCCGCCACCGCCGCCACCUGCAAUGACUGGUAGCACGGUGCAGUUGCUGCAACUGCAUCAUUCUCGAGAACAUCGUCAACAACCGCAGCAACAGCAUCAUUGCCACCAUCACGCGCAGCAGUCGCAGCCUCAGCAGCAGCAGCAGCCGCAGCCGUCGUCACAACAGCAACAUCAACGUCAACAACAACAACAACAACAGCAGCAGCAGCAGCAGCAACAACAGCAACAACAACAACAACAACAACAACAACAACAACAACACCAACUGCCGGUGGAACAACUGCCAAUACAGCAGCGCGGCUAUUAUCCAUCCCCACCCUAUACUGAUAACGGUCUCGAAAACGACGAGACUGAAAAUGCUCAAUCCCACCAACAAAAGCUCCCCGACGUUCGUGGAAUCGAUGUUAAUCACUUGCCUAAUAUUAACAAAUGCCCACUAGACGAUAAUUUUAGUCUAGAUUGUAACAUAAAUAAUGGUUCCCCUAAAGAAUUAAAUACCAACAACACUAGUGAUAACGAAAAUACUGCCCUACUGCCCCCUUCGCAUUUUCCUGAGUACAAGCAUUGAUAAUUAUUAAUCGAUGACAGAUAGUGUCCAUAAAACAUAGUGGUGUGAUUUAAUCUUGAACUCGCAUUUUAUACUGAAUAGUGUAAAUAACGAUAAACUAUUGAUCGCAACAUCAACAACAACAAAAACAACGUCAAACAGGUAUUAAAUUAUAUGAAUUAAAAUAAUCUAUAUGAAAUGUUUAUUAAUAAACAUUAGUAAAGCGAUUUAC